AUGACAGGGAAGAGCAAGGAACUGGUAGACAUGAUGGAACGAAGGAAGCUGGACAUACUGUGUGUACAAGAGACAAGAUGGAAGGGCAGUGAAGCGAGAGAACUUGGAGCUGGCUACAAAUUAUUCUACCAUGGGGAAGUCAGUGGAAGAAAUGGAGUGGGUGUGGUGGUGAAAGAAAAGCAUAUCAAUGGCGUGUUUGAAUUGAUUCCAAGAGAAGAAAGGCUAAUAAUUGGAGCAGACUUCAAUGGACAAAGCGGUCAGGGAAACGGAAGGGACGAGAGAGUGAUGGGAAAGUUUGGGUAUGGCACACGCAAUGUAGAGGGCCAAGACAUUGUAGACUUCGCUCACCGCAUGGAAAUGGCUGUGAUAAACAUCACACAUGAUCACGUACACAAGUGGAGGCAGGCAGACGCAAAUUGA